UUUAUUAUCAAUUAGAUCAUCUUCAUUCUUCAAACAAAAACUCUUUAACAAACAAUUUUCCUACUCACCUUCAUUGUCAAUCUAAACUUAGUAAUGGCAAGAAGUUACUACUUUAUCAUCAAUGUUCUUUUGCAUCUCACCUUAUUAAGCAUACACACAUUGGCUCGGCCAGUCAAUAUUGUCAAGCCAAUCGGCUAUUCUGAUUAUUUUGGGAAUAUCAAGAACUCGGGUCCUAGUUCUGGAGGAAAGGGACACGACUUGAUCAAUGAUGAUAUUCUUGGGGGCAUUAAGAACUCCGGUCCAAGUCCAGGUGGCAAGGGACAUGGAUUUACUGAUGCUGAAUCUCUUGAGAAUGUUAACUACUCAGGUCGAAGUUUAGGAGGAAAGGGGCAUGAGUUUCCCAUUGUUGAUUCUUUAGCGAAUAUCAAGAACUCAGGUCCUAGUCCUAGAGGAAAGGGACAUGAGUUGACCAAUGAUAAUAUUCUUGGGGAUAUCAAGAACUCUAGUCCAAGUCCUGGUGGCAAGGGACAUGGAUUUCCUGAUGCUGAAUCUUUAGAGAACAUUAAUUACUCAGGUCCAAGUAUAGGCGAAAAGGGGCACGAGUUUUCCAUUGUUGAUACUUUUGCUAAUAUUAAGAACUCAGGCCCUAGUGCUGGAGGAAAGAGGCACGACUUGAUCAAUGAUGAUAUUCUUGGGGACAUUAAGAACUCCGGUCCAAGUCCAGGUGGCAAGGGACAUGGAUUUCCCGAUGCUGAAUCUCUUGAGAAUAUUAAUUACUCAGGUCCAACUAUAGGCGGAAAGGGACAUGAGUCUCUAACCGUUGAUUCUUUCGUUAAUAUUAAGAACUCUGGUCCUAGUCCUGGAGGAAAGGGACACGGCAUGAUCGAUGAUCAUAUUCUUGGGGAUAUUAAGAACUCUGGUCCAAGUCCAGGUGGCAAGGGACAUGGAUUUUCUUACGCCAAAUCUCUUGGUAACAUUAAGAGCUCAGGUCCAAGUGCAUGGAAAAAGGAACAUGAGUUUCCUACUGGUGUUAAAACACUUUGGAGUAUCUUCAAAUCAGGUACUAAUCAAGGAAGAAAGGAUCAUAGUUUUAGUAUAAAUUUGUGGAAUGUGAAGAACUCAGGUCCAAGUCCUGGAGGAAAGGGACAUUAAAUGACCCAACCGUUUACAAGUUAUACUUAUAUAGAUGGGCAAGAGCAAACUCCUUCUGGUGUGUUUGAGUUAUUGGAGAUAAACCUAUACUAUUGUAAAGGCAUACAAAAUUAUUUGUUGCUCUCUUAUGUUUAAAUUAUUAUUUCAUUGUUUAAUUAAGUUAUUUU